AUGGCCGCCGCUCGCGCCGCCCUCCUCCGCCGCCACGGCCUCGCCGCCGCCGCCGCCAACCCCGUCCUCUUCUCCGCUCACGGCCUCCGGUACCGCAAGCUCGAGGUCAUCCUCACCAAGACGAUCGAUAAGCUGGGGAAAGCAGGGGAGACGGUGAAGGUGGCGCCGGGGCACUUCCGCAACCACCUCAUGCCCAAGUUGCUCGCCGUCCCCAACAUCGACAAGUUCGCCAUACUCAUGCGUGAGCAGCCCAAGAUUUACCAACAUGAAGAGGAGGUGGUUGUCAAAGAAGUCACCAAGGAAGAUGAUGAUGCUCGGCAAGCAGAAGAGAAACUGAAGGGGUAUCAAGCAGCAGCAAAACGUCUUGAUAAUGCUCUUUUGGUGUUGAGGCGGUUCAUUUCCGAGGGGAAUGAGUUGCGCACUCCUGUAACAAAGGAUGAAAUUGUUUCAGAGGUGGCAAGGCAACUCAAUAUCAACAUCCACCCAGACAAUUUGCACCUGGUGUCACCAUUGUCGUCUCUCGGAGAAUUCGAGCUGCCCCUUCGCUUACCGAGGGAUAUACCACGCCCGGAAGGCAAGCUCCAAUGGACUCUCAAUGUCAAGAUCAGGAGACCCUAGGUACUCUCAAUGGGUAAUCUUGUUCUCAUUCCAAGGUGGUGAAUGGUACCAAAAUACCACUGUGGCCUUCAGAUCGAGAGAUGCGCUGAAAUAGAUCUUCAAACUGAACGCCUUAUACCUUUAGAAUUUUAUUUGUCCUGUCAUUCUCAAGCGGGGUGAUAUGAUCCGCUUUUUGUUCCUACAAAUGUUAAGAAAUAGUGAAUAAUUUGUUUGGAGUAGGGUGUCUAGUAUUGUUGUUGGCUUUGUCA